UAUGAAGUGGGCAUUUGAACCAGUGCUUUGUAUGAAAGGUGUUGCUGCCUGCUCCUCCUUCCAUAAGCCACAUUCGAUCUAUUGGCCUUCAGCGCAGCAUUGAUCAUCCACACGCCAUCAUCGACAUCCUACUACGCGCCAAAGGAAGCACCAGCCUACGACUGCAUUGCAAGGGAAAUUAAGGAGACGGACGCAUCUCAGCUUGAAUCCUAGAUUGACAAAUAUGAGCGUGCUUCUAGAGACAUCUGUUGGAGAUGUAGUCAUCGACCUCUACACUAAAGAGGCACCGGCAACCUGCCUCAACUUUCUCAAGCUGUGCAAGGUCAAAUACUACAACUUCUGCUGCUUCCAUAACGUCCAGCGCGAUUUCAUGAUUCAGACAGGCGACCCCACGGCAACCGGUCAAGGUGGUGAAUCUAUCUACGGACUGCUGGACAAGACCUCUAUGGAACCCCACAGGAAGUACCUUCCAGCCGAGAUUCAUCCAAAGCUUAAACACAAAGAGAGAGGAACCGUGUCAAUGGCCAUCGCAGGAGCGAGUACCGGAGCGAAUCAGGACAUAAAUGGCGUUCUCGGUUCAAGCAGUGGUGCAGGCGUCAUUGGUUCCCAGUUUUUCAUCACGAUGGCAGACAACCUGGAUUAUCUUGACGGCCGCUACACCAUCUUCGGCAAGGUGGCCGAGGGCAUGGAUGUUAUGGAAAAGAUCAAUGGCGCAUACACUGACGCCACCUUCCGACCGUACAAGGAUAUUCGUAUCAAACACACCAUCGUGCUAGACGAUCCUUUUCCAGAUCCAGACGGCCUCGUUAUUCCAGACGAGUCACCCUUGCCUACGCAGGCGAUGCUGGAUACUGUGCGAAUCGGAGACGACGAGGAAAUCGAGUCGCUACUACCACCCGAGGAGGAAGAGAGAAUACGGAGGCAGAAGGAGGCACAAGCUCGCGCAUUGACGCUAGAGAUGGUUGGCGAUCUACCCUUUGCAGAGAUCAAGCCACCCGAGAACGUUCUAUUUGUUGCGCAACUGAACCCGGCAACCCGUUCCGAGGAUCUGGAGCUGAUAUUCUCCAGGUUUGGCGUCAUUCUGAGCUGCGAAGUGAUUCGGGACAAGAAGACUGGCGACUCUCUCUGCUACGCCUUUAUUGAAUUCGAGAAGGAGGAGGAGUGCUCUGAGGCCUACUUUAAGAUGGACAAAGUGUUGAUUGAUGACCGCCGCAUUCACGUGGAUUUCUCGCAGAGCGUGAGCAAGUUGCAUAAGGACUGGAUGGUCAAAAGGACAGGAGUGAAGCGCAGCGGCGGUGGCAAUGUUGGGGCUGAAGAUUUGAACCUGGAACAACGAUCGCGUUACAGGGACAGCAACGACUCUGGCAGACCCGGACAACGAUACGACUAUGUAUUUGAUGAUGGUCAUGGCUCACAUCGGUCGAAUAAGAAUCGAGGUAGCCGAGACGACCGGCAUCAGUCUGGAUCAUCGGAACGGGGGCACCGUCGAGAGCGGGACUCUGGCAGGAGACACGACAGCUCUAGCAGUGGUAGGAGAGAUCGGUCUCCGGACUCGUACCAGCAGUCUCGGAGAUCGAAGCGGUCAAAGUCUCGCUCGGCCAGCCCAGAUAUUCGAAGUAGGACCGAUGACCGCGAGCGCGAUCGAUACCGAGACCGCGAGCGUCCUCACAGACGGUAGCAGAAUGCACAUUAUAAAUAUUUGAAACCCACCUACAUUGAAAGCGAU